AAUAACAAAAGAACCUGGAAAAGUUGGAGAAGAUAAAGUAUAUUCAGUAUCCAGUCAGGAGAUCAACAAACCAGGAAAUGCACAAUUUUGAGGAGGAGUUAACGUGUCCCAUUUGUUACAGUAUUUUUGAAGAUCCUCGAGUACUACCAUGCUCUCAUACAUUUUGUAGAAAUUGUUUGGAAAAUGUUCUUCAGGCAUCUGGUAACUUUUAUAUAUGGAGACCUUUGCGAAUUCCACUCAAGUGCCCUAACUGCAGAAGUAUUAUUGAAAUUGCUUCAACUGGUAUAGAAUCCUUACCUGUAAAUUUUGCAUUAAGAGCAAUUAUUGAAAAGUACCAGCAAGAAGACCACCCAGAUGUUGUCACCUGCCCUGAACAUUACAGGCAACCAUUAAAUGUUUAUUGUCUACUAGAUAAAAAAUUAGUUUGUGGCCAUUGUCUUACUAUAGGCCAACAUCAUGGUCAUCCUAUAGAUGACCUUCAAAGUGCCUAUUUGAAAGAAAAAGAUACACCUCAGAAGUUGUUUAAACAGUUAACGGACACACAUUGGACAGAUAUCACUCGUCUUAUUGAAAAGCUUGAAGAACAGAAAUGUCAUUCUGAGAAAAUGCUUCAAGGUGAUAAGGAGGUUGUUCUCCAGUACUUUAAGGAGCUUACUGAUGCAUUAGAACAGAAGAAAAAAAAAUUUUUGGCAGCUCUCUGUGAUGUUGGCAAGCUGAUUAAUCAAGAAUACACUCCACAGAUUGAAAGAGUGAAGGAGAUAAGAGAACAACAACUUGAGUUAAUGACAGUGACUACAUCUUUACAAGAUGAGUCUCCUCUUAAAUUUCUAGAAAAAAUUGAUGAUGUCCGACAACGUGUGCAGAUGUUGAAACGAAGACCACUUCCUGAGGCUAAGCCUGUUGAAAUUUAUCCUCGAGUAAGCAAAGUAUUAAAGGAAGAAUGGAGCAGAACAGAAAUUGGACAUAUUAAGAAAGCUGUCAUUCCUGAAAUGAGAAUUUCUUCAAGAAGGAUGCCAUGUUCCUGGCCUGACAAGGAUGAAAAAGAAAUCGAAUUUUUUAAAAUUUUAAAUAUUGUUAUAGUUUCACUAAUUUCAGUGAUAUUAAUGUUGAUACUCCUUUUCAACCAACACAUAAUCACCUUCUUAAAUGAAAUCACUUCAAUAUGUUUCUCUGAAGUCUCUUUGUCUGUUUACCAAAGUUUAUCUAAUAAUUUAUGUGACUUAAAAAAUAUGGUAUGCUAUCCUUUAUAUUUGUUAAAGGAAUUCAUGUGGAAAAUAGUUUCUCGUUGAAAACCCAAAUCAACAAUUGUAAGUGGGCUUAUUCUUUAUUGCAGAGGCUUACCAUUGCUAGAUGGAAGUCAGGGUAGCAUAAAUAGCAAGCUUACAUAGAAAUAUGAUGAAUCUUCCUUGGUUGGAUAGAAAUGGUGUCAGAAAUGAUACAUUAUCUGAAAGAUAAAUCAAAUGAUUUUUUAUUUGAGUAUUUUAUUGGCUUGAUAGUCAAUGUUAUAUUCUGUUUAACAAGCUUUUGUUUUUUUAAUGUUGUAUGCUGCCGUAGUUAGCUUUCAGUUCUUUGUAUAUAUAGGUAUUAGAUUAAAAAAACAAAAGCUCCUUGAGAUCCACAUGCCUGUUUUGACAUGAUUUGAAGCUUUUCAAUGUGUAGAUGGAGGUGGCAAGUUUUAAAAAUCAGGCCAGGAUUGCUUAAACAUCUUCUUGGCCAAACAUAAUUGUUAAUAAAUUUAAGAGCAUUCAUUCCAAAUAGAGCUUUUGGAUAAAUCAAGUGUGUAGUACUUGUUUUAUAUAAAUAGAUUACAUUUAGGAGCCGAGUUUAAUGGCUGGUGAAUCUGAGUCAAGGUCAGCCUGGAUAUCAAGUGAGAUGCCCAAAAUGGAAAGGUCUGGUGGCAGAGCCCCUGUCUUGUCUACUGGCUCCAGCACCACAAAGCAAUAAAAGCAUAUAUUUUGCUUUUGUGGUGUUUUAAGUCUUGUUCUUAUAUAAAAACUGUAGGAAACGUGCAUUAGCACAAUCAUGUUGACGUGAUUCAUUUAGUAGAUCUGUUAUCAUGAAAACUAUUUGUCUUAAAAUGGUCUCACUGUAGCUCAAGUGCUGUAAAUUACAAGUAUGAAGCUGGCUAGUCUUAGAAGAGCUCAUGAAGGCAGAACCUUUGAUUUGAUUCCCUUGACAGGAACUAGCAUGUUUGCAGUGCAGCUUUGGUUCACUGCCAUUGAAAUGUUGAACACAAACUUGAUUUUUAUUCAGAAAUCCCAAAUGGGCUAUUGAAUCACCACUUCUGGGGACCUUAUUUCAAAGGUCAGAUUAUUAGCCCUUUAGAUUCACUAUAGAUAAAGCUGUAUUCAAAUUCAAGGUUAGAACAAUGCUGAAAAGUUUAUCGCUAAGAUUAAGUCAUUAGGUCCACUUAAACAGAAUCAGAUUUUAUCUAGCAGUUACUAUAUCUCUAUCUUGAGGCUGUUUGGAAGAUGUAACAGAGGUGAAGGGAAACCAUGUCCAGUUCUUCACAGAUGCAUGACACACUGGAGUGUUUUUAAAUGUAAAUAUUAGCUAGCAAGCAAAGAAUGUUAGCUAAGACAUUUUUCAAGACGUUAUCAACUGUAUAAAUGAGAAACAUCAUCAGAGCAAUGCAGUGCCAUAUUAGGUGGGAGAACUCAUUUUUCUCUGUAUAAUGCUUAAAAAAACUGGAGUAGAUAGAUUGUUUCAUUGGAACCAAUCUAAACAAGCAUAUGCCUAGUGUUGUUACCUUAUAUGCUUGGCAGUUUUUAUUAUACAACUCUUUGUUUUCUGGUAAGAGUAACUAUAUACUUAAAACUUUUAUAUUUUUACCAGGAGGUUGAGAUUGUACAAUUUAAAGUACACACAUUUGGAAAUCCUGGGCUUUGUGUGUAACAAUAUAUUUGAAUAAACUUGGUAUUUUAUUGAAUGGCUUAGGAAGUGGUGGCUUUGGAAUUUUCAUACAGCUUCUGGCUUGUCUUUUUUUGAAGUUAGCUUUGAAUUCCAUCAUACUAGUUAUUAAAAUUAGUUUCAAUUUCACAA